AUGCUUUCAGCGACACGUUGGGUCUGUGAAUCAAUCAGAUGUACUUGUAAAAUCGUAACAACAACAAUGGCGUCAGCUGCAGCCGCCAUCGCGGCUACGGUAACUGGUUCCGCUAAUUUCUUUCGUCUAACACAGUUGAAAAAUAAAGUUGAUCCUCAAUUACAAUCAGGAUCAUCAUUAUCAUCAUCAUCCAGUGUGACGCCGGCGUCAUAUUUAUCAACCUCUAGCCCCUCACUUCGGUGUAUUGAUCAGUCUAGAAAUCUUCGGCUGAGUACUACUACUACUACAGAUCAAAUGUCUUCAUCUGUUAUGGUUCAUGAUGAUGACGAUGAUGAAAUUGAACUCAGUGGUUGUUUGUCAACUAAAGAGGCUGUAACAAUGACAAGUGCUGCAGCGGCUGCAGCAAUGGUAGCUGCGGCGGCUACAGUCGCUGCUGAACAACACCAGUUGAUUGGAAAUAAUUUUUUAUCUAAGGUAGGCUAA